AAUCAAAGAUCAAAACUCAUCACAAACAAUACCACAAAGCAAAACAAGAAAGAUAACCAAAAAAACAAAAAUAAAACCUUGUCAGGGAGGGACAAUACUUAUGGCAUUGAAGAAGAGUCUCUCAGCUUCUCUUCUUUCACCAUUUCUGAUCAUAUGUCUUGUUGCAUUGCUCUCUGUUCCGGUUUCUGUCGGAGCUCGCCGGUUAUUGGAAGAUCCUAAACUACCGGAGAUUCCGAAAUUGCCGGAAUUACCUAAACCGGAGUUGCCAAAGUUACCCGAAUUCCACAAGCCUGAGUUGCCUAAGAUCCCGGAGAUUCCACAACCUGAGCUGCCUAAGUUACCAGAGUUCCCCAAGCCUGAGAUGCCUAAGCUACCGGAGAUUCAGAAACCCGAGCUACCGAAGAUGCCUGAAUUGCCCAAGUUUUCAGAGAUUCAAAAACCAGAAUUUCCGAAGAUGCCGGAGAUUCAUAUGCCUGAGUUGCCUGAAGUUCCAAAGUUCGAAGCUCCGAAGUUGCCGGAAUUGCCAAAACCUGAAGAAACCAAAGUGCCGGCGUUUACAAUGCCAAAGUUUCCUGGAUCUCAUUAAGCCCACUAGUUAAUUAUAUCAGAAGAAGAAGAAGAAGGCCCAACUACUUUGGAACUCAGCCCAGAUUGUAAAAUUGUCGUAUUUUAUCAAUUGUUUGUGGUAACCUUUGUUGAGUUAUCGUUUGUUAUACACUCUCACUUGUAUUCGAUUAUGUAGUUCAGUAGUUGUAAUGCUUGAUUACCAUCUCGUUGUAUAUCUUAUAAUUUAAAUAUACUUUUAUUGUGGAUCGUGUUAAUAA